AUGGGCUCCUUCUCCAAGCCUCUCUGGGAAGUCCGCGCUGAGAAGUGCCGCAAGAUCCUCCAGGACUCUUUGAAUCCGAGCUGGCUGCUCUCUCCAAAGGCGCUGCCCUCAGCCAGUCAACUGAACGUGUCUACGUUCAUAGAGUCAUGUGGACUACUAACGCCCCGAGAGCUCGAGAUCACGAGUUUGACUGCAAGCGAGCUGGUCCGUCGUAUGGCAACCGGGUCUCUCACUGCUGUCGAGACCACCACGGCUUUCCUGAAGAGGGCGCAUGUAGCCCACCAACUGACCAACUUCGCAACGGAGUUCUUGAUUGAUGAUGCAAUGAGGGAUGCGGCCGAGUGCGAUGCCUACUUCAACUCCACUGGCAAAGUGAGGGGCCCUCUACAUGGCGUCCCUAUCUCUGUCAAAGAGCAUAUCGGGAUCAAAGGUCGCAUCUCGCAUGCGACUUAUACCGUUUGGGUCGACAACGUCUGCCAGGAAGAUGCGCUCAUGGUUCAGCUUGUCAAGAAGGCCGGCGCAGUCAUCCACGUGCGGACUAACGAACCGCAGUCUCUUAUGCACAUUGACUGCAGCAACCCCAUCUAUGGCACAACAGUCAACCCUCACAACCGAGCUCUGACCUGUGGAGGGUCUAGUGGUGGAGAAGGAGCAUCCCUUGGCCUCCGCUGCGCUGCUAUCGGCCUCGGUACCGACAUAGGCGGCUCUAUCAGAGUGCCGGCCGCGUUUUGUGGGUCAUACGGACUUCGAACCACGUCACUCCGUAAUCCAUAUAAAGGUUGCGUUUUGCCCGGCGAUGGACAAGAGAGCGUUCGCUGUGUGAUGGCCCCCCUAGCGAAUAGCGUCGAGGACUUGGCUCUUUUCCAAAGCGCUGUCCUUGAUCAGGAGCCUUGGGACAUCGAGACAUCGCUGGUACCUCUACCGUGGAAGCGAGUUGCUCCGUUGCAGGCUGAUCAAAUUACUAUUGGUGUCAUCUGGGACGAUGGAGUAAUUCAUCCUCAUCCGCCUGUCAGCCGCGCACUGAAAUAUGCAGUCGCGAAGCUCAAAAAGGCCGGCGUCAAAGUUGUCGACUUCGAGCCCUACGACCACCAGAAUGGGAUGGAUAUUGUCACCGCGCUAUACUUUCCUGACGCAGCCAAAACACAGAAAGAUCUCCUGGCCGAGGGUGGAGAGCCGGUCGCACCCUUAACGACUUGGGCAUUCGGCGUUUCUAGGGAAGAGCCUCUUUCUGUCCCUGAAAACUGGGCUCUUAAUGUGCGAAGAGAUACGUACCGUGAAGACUACCAUCGCAAGAUGAAAGAACAUGGAGUCAAUUUUGUUCUCUGCCCGGCAUAUGUUGGGGUUGCAGCAACGCUGGGCGGCGGCCAAUACUGGGGCUAUACAUCGAUCUGGAAUAUCCUUGACCAGCCUAGCGUGAUAUUCCCAACGGGUCUUAAAGCCGACCCAACAAUCGACGUCGCCGAGCAAGGCUACAUUCCUCGAUCAGAGGCUGAUGAGAGGGAGUUUCGAAAAUAUGUGCCCGAGACUUUUGCUGAGGCUCCUAUCGCUCUUCAGCUUGUAGGAAAGCGGUACCGUGACGAGGAGACAGUAGCAGCAACCGGCUUGGUCUCGAAGAUAGUUCAACAUCAAGCACCCCCGCACUCAAGUGCCGACCCACACAUGCCCUUAUCUUCUCCGGUGGCUUCCCCUUCUCAGCCGUUCACUGUUCUUCCCCUCACCCGAACACAGUUCCAGCUCGGUGAUGUAUCAAGUCAGUCUGCCAUGGGUAGGGAUAAGUUACGUGGCAAGACCGGGUGCCUUGUCUGUCGGAAGCGCAAGGUGAAGUGCGGUGAGGAGAGACCGGCCUGUCGCAAUUGCGCUGCCUUUGGUCGUCGAUGCAGUUGGCCGACCCCGACGGAUCUCUACGACCGGCGGUAUCGAAGCCGUGCACGCUCAAGCUCGUCUGGUGGCGGCACUGACACGUCAGAAGACGAUCGGGUCCAGGGCCUGUCCGAGCCAGACUGCGCAGCUCUCGUGUCCAUAUCACCGUCGCAACCCCGGGCUCUUUCCAAGCUAGACGUCGAGCAGGAGCUGAUACAUCACUUCUUCGACUACUGGUUCUCCAUUAUCAUCCUGCCGUCCGUCAGCCAAGCAUACGUCAUCCAAAGUCGGGCGGAGCUCGUGGAUAUGAUGCAUGGGUGCCAGAGUCUCAGGCAUGCCGUUUUGGCUGGCAGCGCAUCCAACAAGCAUAUGCUUAUGGGCGACAGUCGAUACCAGAAGAUUGCAUUACGAUACUACUCCAAGGCUGUCCAUGAGUUGAACAAGACCCUCUCCGAGUUUAAACCUGGCUCCAAAGCUCCCGACUUUUCACUGUUAUCGACAGUAAUCUUCUUAUAUGUUUACGAUCUAUGGUGUUAUGAAGCCUUAUCCGACCCGCGGAGUCAUGUCGCCGGCGCAGUCAACCUACUCGACCUGCUUUGCAAGGACGGUCAUGCGAGCAUAUCCAUGUCGAAGGGCUUUAGUCGUGUCAUCGCGGAAAGCAUCCUUUACCAGGCCUUUCUGCUAUCGACAAGGAAGCCCUUUGCACCCUACUUUCACGUCGAAGAGAAGUUUGUGACGCGGGCCGAAAGACUUCUCAUACCGGCGGACUCUGAAGAUCCCACCCUUUAUGCAACUUCAAGUCCAGUUCUAGGUAUCCCUACAUCACUGUACCGAUUGAAACUAGACAUCAUCAACUUCUAUAAUUCACCAGCCGAACAGAGCGCAGAAAGAUUGGCUGUGCUCCGAUCCGAGAUGGAGUACUGGGAAGGAUUGAUGAUAUCAGUAGAUAUAUCUGCGACAUCAUCAAUUUCUGUGGUGCAUAACUUCGACCUGGUAAUCUUGGCAACUUCAUUGCUCCUUGAUCUGGUCACGGAAUCGUUCGAAUGUCAAUUACCGAUAGGCCUUCUCUCCAUGUCACAGAGCGAUGGGCAGGCUUCACGAUGGCAGAUUGACCUCUGCCUAGGUACUCUACGACAACCGGAGGGCUUCAGGAAAUGGACUCGCUGUUUUCUCGGCACUUGGCCUUUAUUGGUUCUUGGCCACACUGUCAGUCACGAAGAAGACAUGGGGACAGUUCGCCUGGCUUUGGAAGAGAUGCGGCGCCAACUCGGCUAUGGUGAGGUUCUCCGGAUCCAACAAGAGUUGGAAAGUAUAUGGGCUACGAAAAGGUCAAAGGUUCCUGGUAGUGGAGGACAUCUGUGA